AUGUCAGUUGAUAAAAAGUGUAAACAAAACGCUUUAAAUCGGAGCAAGCAACUUUACACACAUACUGGGAGCUCCAAAACAUUGGCAAGAAAAAAAGACGAAGUGGAGAAAGAACAAGGAAGGCCCGUUGGUAGAGGAGAGUUGUUUAUCAUCACUCAUAAGAAAAAAAAUGGCUCGUAUAUCCAUCCCGAUGCGCGUGUUGUUAGUGAAGCAAUUGCGAAUGUUGACAGGCAGGAUGAAUCAUCAAAGCACAUUUCACAAAAUGAUUCGCUAGUACAAGUUCUUGGAAAGGAGCACCCAGGACGAGUUCAUGCCUUAGGUGCUGGACCAUGUCCCACCCAAGUAUUUUGUAACACUGCUGGACAACCGUCGGGUUCUCGUGAGCAAAAUGAAGAGUAUGAGAGGAGGAUUGCAGAAUUAACUGCUAAGAUAGAAGAAGAGCAGGCGAAGAGACAGUCGAUGGGGAAGGUUUUGGGAUAUAUAAUCCAACAGCAAGGAGGCAAUUUACCAGUUGACGUUGCUGCAGCGCUGGAUGAUUUGGGCAGUACAUCGACUUCAUCGCGCGCAAGGCCAUCCUCAUCUGGCAACCAUGACCCCAGCAAAAUUAAUCCUCUUCAAUCAAUGUUAUUAGACACUAUUGAAUCUAUAUUGGUUUAG